AUGAGUGUCUCUCUCCUUCGUCUUCGUGCUCGCGCCUCGACACAUGUGAACCGACUGGCUACACGAUCGCUCUCCACCUCCGCCGUUCUUCGCCAGACCAAAGACAACGGCAGGCCGACAUUUGGAUUCAAGGACGCGCCUGCCCCUCCACGUCUGCCCAAGGAAGAACAGGAUAUUUUCGAAGAGCUGCAGCGUCGCUCCACGGGAGCCUUCAGCACCCCACAGGUCAACCAGUCGCCGCAAUCAGAUUCUCAACCUACCAUCAAUGCCAAGGGCAAUGGCGAGGAGCUCCAUCCCGAUGUGCCCAAGGGCUUGAAGCCCGAAUUCGAAGGCGAGAAGAAUCCGAAGACGGGUGAAGUGGGCGGUCCCAAGAACGAACCCUUGCGAUGGGGUGCCGGUGGCGAUUGGAGUUAUGGAGGCCGAGUCACCGAUUUUUGA